CGUGAAGUUGACAGACGCAUUAUUUACCUUUUUCGGGUUUCUGAAAGGAAAGGUUUGAAAACGUGAAGCGAGAUCUAUUUCUAAGCACUGUUCAGCUUUUUCUUUUUUCACGACCUUUAUCAAUCAAACAAUAUGUCUUACAUGUUACAGCAUCUUGUUAAUGGUUGGCAAGUAGAUCAAGCAAUUCUUUCAGAAGAGGACCGUUUAGUGGUUAUUCGUUUUGGUCAUGAUUGGGACCCAACUUGCAUGAAAAUGGAUGAAGUGCUUUAUCAAAUUGCAGAGAAAGUCAAGAACUUUGCUGUCAUCUAUUUAGUGGAUAUCACCCAAGUUCCUGACUUCAAUAAGAUGUACGAGUUGUAUGAUCCUUGCACAAACAUGUUUUUCUUCCGUAACAAACACAUUAUGAUAGAUUUAGGCACUGGUAACAACAAUAAAAUCAACUGGGCAAUAGAAGAUAAACAAGAAAUGAUUGACAUUGUGGAAACAGUCUAUCGUGGAGCCAGAAAAGGUCGAGGUUUGGUUGUUUCACCGAAAGAUUAUUCUACCAAAUAUCGCUAUUAACUGUGUUGUUCAAUUAAAUGACACUGGAUUAAAAACUAAUAAAUGAUGACACUUUUGAAUCCCCA